UUAAAAAUUACUAAACUAAAAGCGUUAUGAUGCUCAUUGCAAGUUGACGUUGCAAUGUAAAACCUGGUUUAUAGUUUGUAGAGCUUCCUUAGAGAGAAUCUUUGGAACUAGUUACUUGUUGUUCGUAUCCCGUGCAGGUAUUAUCUUCGACUGCUCAAUUCGCGUGUACGUUGCUAGAGGGCCACAAAAUACGUAACGGCAAUAGCUUGACUCUCAAAGAUGGUGAAGAUAACGACCUUCAAGAAGCUGGCCAUUGGCUUAAAAGCCCAAAUACGAUUUAUCGACAUAUCAAGAUAACGCCGAGAGCACAAGCCGACAUCGCAAAAGUUCAGUGUCAUAAAAAUUCAAGCAAAAAUUUAUACUCCAAGAGGCGAAAGCCAUGUAGGACUGAAUCAUCUCCGAGCGACAUACAAACGGAGAGCCGGCUUUGAAAGAUUGAAAAUAUGUUAACGGUUUUAUAAGAGAAGAUGGCUGAAAACUGCACAAUCUUCAUCGCAGAUAGCAAAUGAUUGAUUCGAUCAAGAUUGAUUGUUUGUUAACUUUUUAAUCUAUUUUCUGGCUCAUCGAUAGUGUUCAACGUUAACUAGGCUCACAACUCGUCUAUCAAAAGUGAACGAAAGCUGGCAAGCAAUGUUACAUACUGCUAAUGUUGAAUACUUCUCGUCCUAUGAUGUCACCUUCUAGAAAAUCUCCAACAACGAAAGAAUCACAAUGGUCUGAUAAGAAUAACACGAGUAAUGCGGGGACUGUUUGUCCAGCUAAUAGAGCUACAGUGAAGCGAAGUGGUUCUCGUGAAGAAUCUUAUCAAGAUGGUUCCGUUCAUCGAAGACUUUUUACUAAUAGUAGAGAACGAUGGAGACAAUAUCAAGUAAAUAUGGCUUUUGCUGAGCUUCGUAAACUGUUACCAACCUAUCCGACCGACAAAAAGCUAUCAAAACACGAAAUUUUACGGACAACAAUGAAAUAUAUAAGGUUCUUAGAUAAACUGCUUCAUGACUUAGAAGGAAACGAAGAAAGAUCGGAUUAUAAUGGCACGGAAUUCAAUGGAUGCGAUUCUGCAUUUGUAAGUAAGAGUAAUUCGUCUUCUCUGGAGUUGAAUUUAGAAAACGCCAGUGAUGAUGUGAUGGCGUCCGAAAUGGAUCUUACAAACCCACAUGACAGACAAAUCCUAUCCAGAACAGAAACCUCAACAAAGACAUCGAAAAACACAUAUCCAGUUUAACCUAAAACUAACCAUAGUAACAGUUAUAUUUAUGAAAAAAUUGUUUUGUUGUUGGCGUCGCGACUUAUCGCGGACAUCAGUCCAGGAUCUCUUUUGGGAUCAUGGAACGACGAACGACAACCUAGACCAACUAAACAACGAUUAGCGGGAAAUUUAGAAGGCAAUAGUUUAUAUACAGGAUCGUUUUCAUAAAGCGUGUGAAACUAACUAAUACUCGAGGUAGGUUAGAUUAAUUUCAUCUACGUUUCGGGACCUCUGGACGUCGUAUUUACUAGCAAUCAGUGAAGAUACUCAUAAGUAUACGAAUGAAAACAUCAACCUUUGUGUGACUUGAUAUGAUAUUUUAUAUAUAUAUGAAUAUAUAAUUGGCUCAUAAUAACUGUACUAUAUAUUCUCAAAACUCCUUUCUACAAUCAACGUUAAACGGAUUUUUGGAUUUUAGGGACUCAAAGUCCUAGUAUAAAAUAAACGUCUUUGGUUUCAGUUUUAAGGAGCUUAUCAGCCAUUAUGUUUGUAAUGUCAGAUAUCCGGGUUAUUUUGGUUAGAAAUAUCGUGGGAAAGACGUUUACUUUAAUCACAAAGCUAUAUGAAUUACGACAAGCCGUAACAGUAGUGUUACAAGAAGGCUUACAUACAGUGCUGUUAGAUGUCGGGUAAUUACAUUUUCGUAGGUAAUGCUAUAGAUGCAUAUAUGCUGACUGAAGGGGCCAGCGAUGCAGCAGCUGGGAUGUUGCUGUACACCCAUCCAAAAUAAAUGUGGUUUCUACAUAUGUGAA